CUUCAAAACCCAAAAGAGAGCAAUAUAGCCUGUUGAACGUUUGUGUCUGUAUGGAAAGCGAACUGAAGUCUGGUCACUCCAUCGAGUCUCGACGAGGGCGGCGCUCUCCUCAACACUUCACCGAGGGGACAACACGAAACGUGGACGCUGGGGGACGGACGGUGACUACUGAUGAUGGAGCCACAUGUACCUUCUCUCUCUGUCUUUAGAAAGUCCGUUCUUUUAACCCUUCAGUGUCCUCUUCUGGGGAGGAAGAGCUGUCAUGGGACUUCACGCGCGUCUGGAUUGACGGGGAGCCGCGAAACUUCGCAGCGGGAGAAGAGCAUCACGAACACGCGUGUCCAGCGCGGUAGAACGAUGGAACGCGGACGCGAUACACUGUAACAAAGACUCCCAUUAGGGCCCAUUACAGACCAGUCUAUGCCAUGAGGAGUCAGAAGUCCCGUGACCGGACGUCAGCCACACCUUCCCGCCAACGCUUGCCACGGUUCAGUCUUCACUCCAGGAGAAAGAAGGAAAGUGUAAUCCAGGGAAAACUGCGUAUCCGUUCCAUGCCAGGUGCUUUUGUGGUGCUUGGGGUGGUGGUUGUUGUUGUUGGCACCGCGCUUGCUGUGGCAGGCUACUGGCCGUACAGGGCCCAUCGAUCAUCAGUGGACACGACAGAGGAAGGAUCCUCUGGAAGUGCAUCAGGAUGGGGAUUAGGGUCCAAAGGACUGUUUUCAGCAGCAAGUCUGGUUCAUAGUGAAAGGAUGAAACUACUAGGACCUGUCAUUAUGGGAGUGGGACUCUUCAUACUUAUUUGUGCCAAUACGGUACUCUAUGAGAAUCGGGACAGGGAAACUCAAAUGCUUCUGGCUCAGAUGCGGAGCGUCAUUUGCUCUGUUUCUGCAGCCAUGCCUUCGGCAGACCUCUUGCAGGUGAACUCUCUUGCCAGGCACUACCAAUGGGUCAGCAGUUUACCUGCAGCCCACCUGAACAUCCUCUGCCUCCAAGAAAUGUCCAGUUCGGAGCCUCUACUCCAAGUGAAGAGCAUGGAUGAGGAGGACAGCGUUCAGCAGCAAGACACGGUGCACACUGAGGUUCUUCAUCAUCAGGACUCUUCCUCCAACCCCUCGAUUCACUCCUCCAACUCUUGCAACGACAGCAAAGAGUUUUUUUGCACAGAGGAACGGGGGACCAACUCUGCACUGGAUCUGCGGCAAGAAAGUCACUUUGGACUGAGCAACUGUAUGACCGCAUCCUCUAUGUCCACUCUGGGUGGGGAGGACUUGGAGAUCUUCUCCUUCCCACCCAGACGAUCCUACAGCAUGAGCCAUAGGACUAAACCACAUAUGCUGCCCAGGGAUCUGGUGUAUUCAGAGGACAAGCCUGUGUCUUCUAUGGGUCACCAUAGACUGCUUCCAAGGCAGUCCAGCUCAGAGGUGUGCGUGAACAUGGUUGGAGUUGGCGUUACAAACCUUGACCUUAUACCUGUGGAAGAGCAGAGGCACCGCAGCUGGCCUCGGCUAGAUCUCGGAAGCGCCAGGAAGUAUCUCAAGCUGGAAAACAAAGAGGACUCUGUGGACAAGUUACUGGACCAGCUUGAGCAGCAAUGCUUACAGUUGAACAAAAGCUAUGGCUCAGGUCCCUUCCAGUGAGCCGAGGUUUAAUCAUUACAUCAAGGUUAAUGGCUUGCCAGAUCCCAUGGUAAUUUGAAGGAGCCUUAUAUAGUGAUAUACACUUGGAAUAACCCAACCUACAAAUGGGCACAAGUUUCCAGUGGAUAUUGUUUGCACAGUUUCUGGAAUCCCUUGAGUUCAACUAAUUUGCUAAUUUCCAAGACCUAGCCAUUUAUCUCACUUGACUAGUUUUUGUAACUAGCUUGUUUGGAGACUUGAUGGUAUGGAAAUAUAAACACACGUCCUGAAGGAAGCUAGGGAUGGUGGUAUUUUACAGUUAUGGGAAUGUGCUAAACAGCUCGUGAUGUCAUAGAUGAUUGGAUGGAUUCCAGUUGGAGGGAUCCGUUUGUUAUUGUUGCUAAAGCCCUACUUGUUACUAGGACACAGCAAACAACCUUAAUCUACGAGGUAGAAGACCUCGGCAGUGACUAGAUUCAAAGUAAACACAUUUCUGACUUCCGAAUUCAGGUCAGCCAAAGGCAUGGCUCUGGUGUUGAUAGUUAUAAAGGCCAAAAAAUAGAGAAUGCUGGUUAUUUGACCCAUAAAUGGAUUCAUCCAAACUGCGUGUCUACUAUUGGAUUGUCCAUUAGAGUUCAUUUCUAUGGUUAAGAUAAAGCAACCUCAGUUGCAGUGUCUGUAAAUCUUUCGUCUAUGGUUUCCCUGAGUAUCUGUUCUUCUUGUAUUUCACCUUUGUUCUGAUUCUGCCUGCCGGCAGUGAAACAGAAGCAUCAACAAUGAGGGCACAGUGCCCUCUUGGCUUCAUUAACUAAGGUGAUCAGUGUUUUUGCAUGCACUAAUGCGGGUACAUAAUUGCUUUCCCUUUAAAGGGUGGAGCUGGACCAAGUCCCUCUUUGCAAUGAGAAUGUGUAACUUCACUCUGUUUACAAAAAUAAGGCAGUCACCCGUCUCUAUUUCGUCUGUGUAACCUGUUUUGGUGCGCUGUGUUAUUUGCCGUGUGUUCUCAAUGUAUACUGAGCAAUAUCCACAGUCUGAGUGACCAAACAGUGAUCAGACGCUUUACGCCACCUUUGAACUGAAUUCCAUGCCUGUGUUGCAAAUAAAAGGCAAAACAAAACCACUUUAAAUGUAAGUGUUUGGUUGCUGUCCAUGAUUUUACGUUGAUGC